AUGGCCUUCACCGGCAAGUACGAGAUCGAGAGCGAGAAGAACUAUGACGAGUUCAUGAAGCGUCUGGGGCUCCCCAGUGAGGCCAUCGAGAAGGGCCGCAACUUCAAGAUCGUCACGGAGGUGCAACAGGAUGGGCAGAACUUCACCUGGUCGCAGCACUACCCCUCUGGCCACUCCAUGACCAACAAGUUCACCAUCGGCAAGGAGUGCGACAUGGAGACCGUGGGGGGCAAGAAGUUCAAGGCCACCGUGCAGAUGGAGGGGGGCAAGGUGGUCAUAGACUUCCCCAACUACCACCAGACCUGUGAGAUUGUGGACGGCAAGCUGGUGGAGAUCUCUACCAUCAGCGGCGUGACCUACGAGCGUGUGAGCAAGAGGCUGGCUUGA